AUGCUACCCAUCACUGAGGAGCAGCAGCUGCAGCACCAGCACCAGCAGCAACUCCAGGCGGAACUGGAGGAUGCAGAGCCGCAGGUGGGCGAUGGCAGCCUCUGGACCGCCCUGUAUGACUACGACGCACAGGGCGAGGACGAGCUGACUCUGCGGCGGGGCCAGAUCGUUGUUGUGCUAUCCACGGACAGCGAGGUAUCAGGCGAUGUUGGCUGGUGGACGGGCAAGAUCGGAGACAAGGUCGGUGUCUUUCCCAGGGACUUUGUGACUGAUGCCGAUCCCCUACAGCUCAAUGUCCCCUCCGCCAUUGGCGAUAUCCAGCCGCACGAGAUCGAGUACGAGGAGCUGGACAUCAAGGAGGUAAUCGGCUCGGGCGGCUUCUGCAAGGUACAUCGCGGCUUCUAUGAUGGCGAGGAGGUGGCCAUCAAGAUUGCCCAUCAGACGGGCGAGGACAAUAUGCGCGACAAUGUGCUCCAGGAGGCCAAGCUCUUCUGGGCCCUCAAGCAUGAGAAUAUAGCCGCCCUGCGAGGCGUCUGUCUGAAGACGAAGCUUUGCCUGGUGAUGGAGUAUGCCCGUGGCGGCAGUCUUAAUCGUAUUUUGGCAGGAAAGAUACCGCCAGACGUGCUCGUUAACUGGGCCAUCCAGAUAGCCAGAGGCAUGAAUUACCUGCACAACGAGGCGCCCAUGUCGAUCAUUCAUCGCGACCUCAAGUCCUCCAAUGUACUCAUUUACGAGGCCAUCGAGGGCAAUCAUCUGCAGCAGAAGACGCUUAAGAUCACGGACUUUGGCCUCGCCAGGGAGAUGUACAAUACGCAGCGGAUGAGUGCCGCCGGCACGUAUGCCUGGAUGCCGCCCGAGGUGAUCAGUGUCAGCACCUACUCCAAAUCCUCGGAUGUUUGGAGCUAUGGUGUGCUGCUUUGGGAGCUGAUAACGGGCGAGACGCCCUACAAGGGCUUCGAUCCGCUUUCUGUGGCUUAUGGCGUGGCUGUCAACACGCUGACCUUGCCCAUACCAAAAACAUGCCCCGAAACCUGGGGUGCACUCAUGAAAAGCUGCUGGCAGACGGAUCCACACAAGCGACCUGGUUUCAAGGAGAUACUCAAGCAGCUGGAGAGCAUUGCCCGCUCCAAGUUUACGCUGACGCCGCAGGAAUCCUUUCACUACAUGCAGGAGUGCUGGAAAAAGGAGAUCGCCGAGGUGCUGCACGACUUGCGCGAAAAAGAAAAGCGUUUCCAAACCAUCGAAGAGGAACUGCGCAACAAGGAGGAGCAGCUGCUACGGGUGCAGAACGAGCAACGCGAAAAGGCUACCCUCCUUAAGAUCCAGGAGCAGCACUUGCGGGAGCGUGAAAUGGUGCUUAUCGAACGGGAGUUGGUCAUGAUGCAGCCGGUGCCAACGAAACGCCGGCCCAAAAAGGGCAAAAAGUACAAACCGCUGCAGAUAUCACUGCCGACGGGCUUCCGGCACACCAUAACGGCCGUACGCGACAAGGCGGAGCAGCCGGGCUCACCCUCACUCUCUGGCUUACGCAUCGUGGCACUUACCGAUGGGCACAAGGGCAAGACCUGGGGCCCAUCCACCAUGCACCAGCGUGAGCGAUCGCUCCUGCCCUCGCAACUGGGCGGCGGUGGCCAGCCGGAGUGGCCCGCACAGAGCUCCACUCACUCCUCGUUCAGCAAGAGUGCCCCGAAUCUGGACAAGAGCAAGCAGCAGCAGUUACAGUUGCAGCAACAGCUGCCGGUGGCCUCGUUAACUCCACCGCCGGGCAAUAGCAAUGGCAUGGGAAUUGGAGCGGGAGCGAUAGCGAUAGCGGGAGCUAACGGAGGCGGCGGAGGAGCAGGAGUAUAUCCAGGUAUACCCUAUUUUCUAACGCGACAACCCAACAGCAAUAUUGGUAAUUGUAAGGUCAUCACCACCACCAAUGCCAUUACAACCAACCACAACAACAACAACAACUCCGUCAACAACAACAAAAGCCAGAAUAAUAAUAAUAAUAAUAACCAUAAUAUUAAUAUUAAUAUAAAUAAUAAUAACAAUACAACUACUAGCAAUAGCGGCCACAGUAACAGCCAGACUAACCCCACUUCCCACUCGAACGCCUCCCUGCCCAAUGGCCAGAGCCAGAGCCAGAGCAAGAGCAAAAGCAAGAGCAACUCCAACAACAGCAGCCUUACCAGCGCCAGCAGGACCAUGUACCAUCGUGCCCGAAGCCAGGAGUACGGCCUAGAUCUUUCGCCCAGUCCGUAUCAGCCGCCAAAUCUCUAUUUAGUAUCCGAUGAUAGCUCCGAAACGGACACCGUGACAGGACCCACUGGCUGCUUUCACUUCCUCAAGUCUGGAAAUUCCUCUGCCUCGGCUACAACCACCGCCUCAGCAGUGCCACGUUUCGGCGGCAGUCUGGGCAACAGUCCCGCCGUCGGACGCAAGAAGCAUUCGCUGGACAGUUCCCAACAUCCGCCACCAACAAGCAGCAAUAGCCUGGCACUGCCCACGCAACUGAUGGCAUCGGAGGAUAACAACACCUAUGACCAUGCCUUUUAUAGGGAUGUGAUCAAGAAAAUCAUUGCCAGCAGCGAGCGGGUGAACUCCAAGUCCAGCGGCGACCUCACCAUGUACAAUUCCAGCACACCGCUGACGGCUGCCCAACGGGAUUGCCUUGGCGACGACGAAGACGCAGGCGGUCGCUUUCAGCGCAAUGCCUCGGGAUCGCAGUUUCCGCGACAUUGCUUCUUUACCAGGCAGGAGGAGGAGGAGGAUGACAACAACGACCAAGACGACGAUGACGAUGACUCUGGAGAGGCGGAACAGUCGCUGGACUCCAAUCAAAUGAGACAGAACUCAACAACAUCCCGCAAGAGCUCGGUGACUUUCCAGAGCGUGAGCUUGGAGGAGCCAGCCGGCGUCGGAUCGCCCCCAGCGACGGUAGCUAGCAGAUCGGAGCUGCAGUAUACUUCCAGUGCUUCCAUUAGCUUUGCCACAUACCGCUCUGCCUCGCCAUCAUCACUGUCCUCGUCCAGCGCCUGCACAGCCUCCUCCGGUGGUGAAGUGCUCCAGGGUAUUGCUGGUGAAACGGCGGUGAACGGCAGUAGCGGCUAUCAAAUGCAAGAGAACUCUAUACUAACCACACGACGGAUGCUCGAUGUCCAGCCGCACCCGGAUGUGAUCAAGAUGAAGGAGCACCUGCUGGCCGAAGAGCAGCGCCAACAGAGCAAGAACCAAAGGAAGCAGCGUCCCAAGCACAUCACCAAAUCCAAGUCCGUUGAGGCGCCAGUCGAUGGACAGCCGCAUCCUCAUCAUCCUCACCAGCAGCAACAGCAGCAUCAGCAGCAGCAUUACCAACUCCAGCAUGAGCAUCAUUCGGCAAGCUCCAGCCGCUUCCGCUCUUUGCUGAGCCUCUUCUCGCGCUCUCGGAAAAAGUACAGCAAGCUGGCGGACCACAACCAGUUGGAUGGCGGCGUUGGUGGCUCCGAAUUCAGUGCCAUUGAUCCCUACCAGACCGAUCUGGCCAUGGGUAGUGGCAAUGGGAGCAAUAGUCGAUCGCUGAAGCGUAAGGGCAAGAAACCGCAAACGCAAUCCUGCGAGCAGCUGGAAAGGUGCUGAUUGCCGUUGGAGUUGGCCUCAAUAGCUCAUUGUUUUAUAUUAAAACCCUUAGUCUAGGGCCAGAGCGAAAGCAGAGGGUUACCUUUUGAAGAUUUCUCCGGCCUAGAAGGCCGCCUCUAACUCCUUCCUCACCAACCUCCUACCUUCCCUCCUUGUAACCGAUGAAUUGUUCCUAACGAAGGCAAGGCGAGGGAUGCAGAGAGAACCAUUUGAGGAGAGAUUGUGCGGAUAAACUAAUGCUGCUUCUAUACGUAGUAGACACGACACAAGUGCAUGGGCCGAUGGCAAAAUAUUUAACUAAACCAUAAACUAUAAACCAUUAAACAUAAACCAUAAAUCUGUAACGAUUGGAUUAACCUUUAAGUCAACCAUAAUGGCUCAAUUGCUAUAUAUCUAAUGGGGAUUCACCGCCUCCCCCAAUAUCUUAGUUGAACUAAGUUCUAUAGUUCUUAUAGAAGAACUCCUCGCCCCUCCUCUCAUCCCUGAGAGAUGUGUGUCUUUCUUUGUUUUUCGAAAUUAUUCUUAUUUAAUUUUGCAAUGCGACUCCGUUUGGUAUUUUGAUUACAGUUUUAUUUACAUUUUAUUAUUAGUCUGAAAUCGGGUUUUCCAAUUAAUUU